CUGGCAGCCGUCAAACACCCAGGCGCUGCUCCACCGUCCUAUUUUGCCUGGCCCCCGCGACCGCGCCCCAGCGACCGCGGUUUUGUCCGGCCUCGCCCAUAGGGUGCCCCCGAGAGCGGCCGCGCGGAGGGGGCUGCCCUGCACCCCCGCCGCCCAACCGUGCCAUGGAGCUCGCGCAGCGGCCCCUCCGGCUCCGCGGCGGCGCGCGGGCGGCCGGCGCCUCCAGGCCGGCCACCGCCGCCUCGCGGCGUCGGACGACGCGGCCAGGGCCGACGCCGAGGCCGAGGCCGUCGCCGAGGGACCGCCGACGCUCGCAGGCGCCCCGGACUGCGUGCGGUACCCGGUCCUCUGAGAGGCUCGGGUGCGACUGGGCGACCCCGACCCAGGACAUCACCCCGCGGAUCGCUGCGGCCGACGGACGUGCUAACCCGCGGGCGUGGCACCACGAGCAUUGGUGCUACACAUGGACUUGGGUCCACCUGAGCAGCAUGCUUGAUCAGGGCCUUCCCCACCACGACGUCUCGGCAGGGGCGCAGGAGCUGUUCCAGAAGCACAGACGGACAGACCAGUCCGAGUUCAUGGCGAGCUAUCGCUUCUACGCGAAGCGUUGCUCAAACAAGAGGAUCACCGCGGACACUACGAUUGAGCAGGCCGAGAAGAUGUGCGAUGCGAUGUACGGCAACAUCAAGUGUGCGUCCUUCCAGGGUGCUGAACUGGGGUAUGCAGAGGCGCCUCCUCCUGCUUCUCUUUCUCAUCGCUAUCGUUUUACAUACUUCCUGCAGAAGAGUAACAUGGCUGCCUGGCGAUAUGAACAACACAGAUCGUUACCAUUCGCGGGUUCCCACGCAGGCCUUGGAGAGAAUGUUCUGCGCCACUGGCAAUUACCACUGUAACGUCAUGUGCCGCAAAGAGAUGUACUGCAAGGACUCCGAGUACGUCGAAACGUUUGGCCACUUGCUCAAAAGGGGCCCCUCCCAGGCGACCCAUGAGACGAAGCGGCCUUCCCGAUUUCGUACCUGGCACGCCGAGACAUGAUGAUUGCUCCAGGAUGUCGACGCGGUGCGUCGUCGGUCGGGAGGA